AUGAAUGAGCCAGACAUUCUAGAUGAACCAGACAUUCUAGAUGAGCCAGACAUUCUAGAUGAGUUAGACAUUCUAGAUGAGUCAGACAUUCUAGAUGAACCAGACAUUCUAGAUGAGUCAAACAUUCUAGAUGAAUCAGACUUUCUAGAUGAGUCAGACAUUCUAGAUGAGUCAGACAUUCUAGAUGAGCCAGACAUUCUAGAUGAGCCAGACAUUCUAGAUGAGCCAGACAUUCUAGAUGAGUCAGACAUUCUAGAUGAGCCAGACAUUCUAGAUGAGUCAGACAUUCUAGAUGAGCCAGACAUUCUAGAAGAGCCAGACAUUCUAGAUGAGCCAGACAUUCUAGAUGAGCCAGACAUUCUAGAUGAGCCAGACAUUCUAGAUGAGCCAGACAUAGCAAGCUAUACUUAA